UUUCCACGACAGCUGGAAGCCGAGCGGGUAAAAGGCGCAUCGCUUCUUUCCUGGGAUAAUCGGAAAAUAACACGACUUCUGCUCGUCCCAGCUCCUCCAGAUAAACCCUGGUCUGGCAUGGGCGACAAGCGGAGCCCCACAAGGCCGAAGCGUCAACCGAAGCCCUCCUCCGACGAGGGGUUUUGGGACUGCAGCGUGUGCACCUACAAGAACACGGCAGAGGCUUUUAAGUGCAUGAUGUGUGAUGUGAGGAAGGGGACGUCAACAAGGAAGCCUCGUCCCGUCUCCCAGCUCGUCUCCCAGCAGCAAGUAACGCAGCAGUUUGUUUUACCAUCACAGCCCAAAAAGGAAAAGAAGGAGAGGGUCGAGAGGGACAAGAGUGAAAGAGAGCCAGCACCCAAGAAGAACAGCCACAAGAAGAUGAGGCCAAGAUUAAAAAAUAUUGACCGGAGCAGCGCCCAGCAUCUGGAGGUGACAGUCGGAGACCUCACGGUCAUCAUAACAGACUUUAAGGAGAAGGCCAAGCCCUCGUCCACAUCCACUCCUUCCUCCAGCUCUGCCUCACUGGCCGACCAUCACAGCCAAAACGGCUCCGGCUCAGAAAACACGGAAAAGAGCUUCUCCCACUCUUCCCUAUCCCGAGGAGAGGGAAGCUCAGUAAACGGGGAGUCCCUCUGAUUCUCCCCACUCAACACCUCACAGGAAACCUGCGUCUCCGGGGCCCUCGCUAUUGUCACUAGUGGAAAAACAUUUUGGGGGAAGGGGCGAUGUUUUGAAGAUUCUGUUUUUGAAAGGUAAGAUUUGUUGUUCAGCCACCCAAAAGAUUCUCCACAACAUUAUGAAGACAUGUUUUGCUGAACUGACUAAAGUCUGCUGCUAGAAUAUGGACUUCUAAAAAGUUUGGUCCUAGUGAGGAACUUCUUAUUAAAACUUGGGACAAACUUUGGACAGAGCACUCAAUCACCUUGAGUUGAGAUUUAAAGUUUCCUGUAAGAACUGCACAGUCCUACUGUUAUCAUCAUCAUCGUGGUCAGCAGUUUCUUCUAUCCCUACCUGGAGGUGUCCAGUUUAAAAACUGAAAGCAUGACCUUUCUCUGUUUCACCAGCGACUCUCGAACUCUACAGCGAACCUCUACAGCUGAUCUGGAAGCUUCUUGCAACAGCUUAUUGCAAAAAUAUCUACAGGAAAUUUGUAGUGAAAGCAUUAAGUCAUCUGGCUGAAACUCACACUGAUAUGAAAGGUAAAACCUGGAGUUGAACGAUGUUGCAAACAGUCUGCUUUUUUCCUCUCUCCAGAGAGAGAAAGUCAAUACAAGGUGUUGUGCUGUGGAAUACAAUAUUAACCAAGGGACUCCCUUCACUAGACACAUCAAGACCUAAAGUACAUUUGUACUUCUAAUCUCAGAGUAGAAACAUUCCAUCAGGAUGCCUAUUAUGCUGCCACUUUUGUUUUUUUUUGUUUUUUAAACGUUGCUGUAGUUCCAGUAAGAAGUCAACGUCCACUCAUGAAUAUCACAUUCAUUUUGGGCUUUGUGGUUAAAAUACAAAUAGAGGUUUUAAGCCUGUAUAGUUUUCGAUUUUGUCCUUUUGUUCCAGUCCCACUCACAGCAAAACAUAAACGAAGCCUCAACAUGAUGCUUCCUCCACGCUUCUUGACAAUUGGUGCUGUAUUUUUCCUCCAAACUAAAAAGUUUCUCAUUUCUCUAGGACUAAAAAGCUUUCCCAAACAUCAUUUUGGAAAGGUUACCGCGACAUUUCUGAGCAAUGACCCCAAAGCCUUGAUUUCUACCUUAGUAAACAUAUCUAGAUUAAGCUUGAACCUCCAACAUUCACACUUGGCCUGUGAUAAGUGGAUGUAAACUUCUUACUGCGGAGCCGGCAUAAAUUGUGCAUCAUAGCGAAGGCACUCCCUGAUGUCAGCCUCUUUCAGCACCAUGACGGUGCUUGUGAAUCUCCUGGGGAAUGUGGCGAGUGGUCGAGGUGCUGAGUCAGCCUCUGAUUCCACUCGUUUUUGGCCAGCUGCCUCCACCUUGAUGCACUACACCAGUCUAAAACUCAGUCCGUGCUUUUUUUAAUUUUAUUUCCCUCAACCUUUUCUCUACAAAACGUAAAUAAACUGUUAACGUUCAUAAUGAUACACCAGGGAUCCUACUUGUCAAAUUCCCUCAGAUGGAGAUUUAUAUUUAUAGACGCAUAUUCUAAAGGCUGGAGAUGUGCAAAUAUGCAACAUUUUUGUGCUUUUCUUGGACUGGAACUCAUUUCAAACCAGGGUUACUGUUAAAAGUUGCUGAUCGCACAAGAAGAGGAAGAUAUCUCAGCUACAUAUAAAAGGUGGUAAAGUGACUGAAGCUGUAAAUGACUCUGGGACACUUCUUGCAACCUGUGUGAUCUGCAGAGAGGGCCCAAGUCCUUGUGAAAAAGCACAAGAAGCCCAUUUUUACCACUCGACGCAAGACGUGGGAGGAAAAAAAAAAAGUGGGCUUCUCAACAUGAACUUUGAGAAAGCGAGGACUUCAGAAACGGAGAAGCUCUAGAAGACAACAACCUCCAGCAGAAUCACAACAGAUGAACUCCACCGUAACCUCUAAGACCCGUAGAACAGUUGUAUAGAGAAAAUAGCUUUCUAUAAUAUUCUACUACAAUGUUUGGAUGUGGUUAUAUUCAUCAUAUCAGUGUUGUCAAGAUUUUGACAUUUUAGCGCACAGAGAAGUGUCACAGCAUGAUAUUAUUAAAGUCUUGAUAUAUUGUGGAAAAGGCGGCGUCUCUUAGUUGUUAGGACUGUUUCAUGUGUCCAUUGCGUUCACCGCUCUAGCUGGGACUAAGUGUGUGAACUCAAAAGAUUCAUUUGUGGCAAAAAUGGAAAAAAAUUGCAACUUUAUCACUUAUUGGUAGUUUUUUUUAAAUCAUUAUCAUUUGUCAUGCUUUACCAUGCUCCUUUGUUUAAACUGUGUUGUUUAUUAUGCGUCUAAAUAAGAAACCUACCAAAUUAAAAACAAGAAAAACUC